UUAUGCAACUCCUUAGCAUAAGCUUCUGGCAUGGCUCUUAUGCUUCCCUUGUACUAAGACCGUCCAAAAUAGCAACAAGAAGACAUGUAACUAAAGACACAGCAGGAGUGUAGGAAUUCACCCAGGCCUUGGAUGUUCUAAAGAUUGAACAAUUCUUCAUUUUAAACCUUCCAAAAUGCUAAGCAUAAUGUAUUUUCUUCGGAGCUUCUUCAAGACCCCAGAGCCAGUUGAAAACUACAUCAGUGAAGGAGAGUUUGAAGAUGAUCUGAGUUCUUCUACCCCGAGCACGAUAGAGCUGGAGAUACGUGGAUCCAGCCAAGAAACAGAUGAAGAUUAUUUUGAGACCCUGUCACAUCAGAGUGGAUCUUUGUCAGAUGUAAAAACUGAGCCUUAUGAGAGUGCAUCAGACACAGAAUCUGUUUCCAGUGAUGUAACUGGGGAAACUUGCUUGGAUUCAAACUGCCUUUUUACUGAAAAAGAAAAUCUGUGCUGUAGUCUUCCUAAAGCAAAGGCAGAUGAACUUACGUGCUCAAGUCAACCAGAAUUUACCCAGCAGGUGUGGUUAGAAGUGUCCUCCAAAAUAAAAGCAGCACCAAGCAAAACUGAAUUUUGCAUACAAUCUGCGAGGUCAGAAGGUAAAGAAUUAGGUGAUGAAGAGCUAACAUUAACUAGUGAUAUUUCCAACACAGAGAACCAAGUCAGUGAAGAGGGCAUUAUAUCACAGACAAAUAGAAAGGUUGUAGCAGUAUUGCAAGAUAAAGCAGAGUUUGAAAGCAGUGAAGUGCAGUCCUGUACCAACUCAGUACCUACAGAAGAUGAUGUUACAAGACAGAAGGAACAUCCUGCAGUAUUAAGCAUUGCUUGUUUCAAAGCAAACUCAGAAAGUUGUUUGAUUUUUCCUGAGGUACAGCAAUCUUCUUUCCGGUCAGAUGCAGCAUCAAGCUGUAGUUUGCCUAAUCUUCAUUUUGAAAAAAAUGGACCUAACCGUAAAAGUUACACUGGGACAUCUGACUGUAAGUGUGAAUUAGAAUCUAUGUCCAGUAUAAAAUGCAGCAGGAGGAACUCAGUUGAUAGUGAGGAAACUACAGGUAAAAGGAUAAAACAUGGAAGUACAGAGACCAUGUUGACAUCAGAUUCAUUCUUUUACCAGACUUGCUUCAAACCAAAAUCUCAGCCACCACUCACAGGGUCAGAGAUUACUGAAAGUAAAACAUGGCACAGUGUACCUGAAAAUAUCAGUGCUCAAAGCAAGACAGAAUAUGUGGGGAACUGUAUUCAUCUGGCAGACAAAUUUAGAUGGUCAUGUUCCAGAAUACAUCUUCAAGGGCUGGAUUUUGAAUACACUUGGAAAAACUUAGGAAGGGUACCUUUAAGCCCUGAAAAGGCAAUAAAAGUAGAGGGAAAAUUUGGCAUAAAAAGAUCUCUUCUUGAUACUGACAUAGACUCAAAUAAGUGUCAGGUUUCUCAACCAGCAGGCUCUCCCCAGUGCAUUGAUUAUUAUUUGCACUCUAAAUCAGAGACGUGUGGCCUUAGCCCAGAAUCAGUAGGUACAUGUGCUCGUAGCUUAGCUUCUACACAGAUUGAUGCUUGUGAGUGUAAUCUGAAACAAAAGGAGACUUCAUCUGCCCCGGACUGUAAGCCAGUGAUCAUAAAUGCUGAAGAACUUAUAAAAAGUGACCAGUACAAAGGUGAAAGAGAUCUGGAAGCAGACAAAUUCCCUUGUGAUAUUGAUGUUGAAUCUAGCAUUGGUGACACUGAGAACCUAGCAGCUUGUCACAUAGGUUUUCCAGCUGUUGUGGAAAAUAGAGAUUGUGAUUGUUCUGUGAACUAUGUUCCCACUGGUAGAAUACAGCAGAAAAGUUUGAAGGAGAAUGACCUUGAAUCUGAACUUUCAGGCAUGGAGAUCAUGGUAGGGGAAAGAUGCGUAGAUGAUUCUUCUAACCUUGACUUCUGUUGUGAAGUUCUGGAAAACACAUUGCAACCAGGUGGCAGUAACACUGGGACAGAGCACAAAGAGUCAAUGCGGCAAAAUACAAGUUGCAAAACUGGUGCCUUAAAGAGUCACUCUGAGCUAGUAACAAAUGAACAUCCUACUCAUAAAGGAAAGGAUAAAGACAGUGUCUUUGCUGUUGAAAUGACUCCCAGAUCAGAUUACAUAAACCAGAGAAGGCACUUAAUGACUCUUCCAGAGUUAAAGCCUGCCCUAAUUAUAGUAUCUGUAGAGCAGAAAGCAUUACAGUCCAAGACACUGAAAGAUAACCUUCCUGCUGAAGUGGUAACUGGAACAUUGAGAAAUGUAGUGAGCAAGGAUUUGAUGUCUCCUCAUACUGUCAGCAAAGCUCAUGAUGAGCCAGAGAGAGUUCUGAGUGAAAGCUGUAGCUGUGAAGAACAAAUUGUGGCCACUCACCCCAUUCCUGGUAGUGCAGAGGUACUCCCUGGUACGGAUACAGCUGAAGAAAAACUAGAAGUUUCACAAAAGAAAAGAGAGAAAACAGAUGCUGUUUCAUCCUUAGGGUUCACUUGUAGUAAUUCCUCGGUAACAAGUGCAAAAGUGGAACACAGGAGUGUUACUGUACCACCGGGCAAUGAUAUACUUAUUGCAGAAAGUCAGGCAGAUCAGUGUGAAGAAGCACUCUUAAAAUCACAUAAUAGAAGUGGUGAUGUGAUCUCUGAGAGAGAGCCGUGCAGAACAAAGACUGGUUUUGAAUUAGAGGCAGAACAGUUCAGAAAGUCAUGGAGUGAAACAGGAGAUGACCAGGUGUCUAAGGAAGAAGAAUUCAAAGCACGUCAAGGCAGAGAGGAAGACUUAUAUAUAACUAGUGCAGUAACACUGGAAACAUGCAGUGUAAGCAGUUUGUGUCAGGGAGAUGGUGCUGAUGUUGCCCUUCAAGAGCCCAGCAUCAUUUCUGAACAAGCAGUAGGCAGGCAAGGAAGUGAAGGCUGUAAUGGUUCAAAGGAACAAAGAGGUAUUUGUGAAGAACCUUCUCCUAGUGAAGGAAAGGAGGGCUCUCCUGCAAAAGACACAGCUAACCCUAGCAAAGAUGGGACACUGAAUCUAGAUGUGUCUGAUGUCUUUAACUAUUCUGCGAAAAGGGAGACCCAUAACACUUGCAUGCUGGGCCUAGAUAAUAUAAGUACCUGCAGCACUAACAGCGAGGAAAUGGAUGAGAACUCUUUCCACAUCCUGGGAAGUAACAGCAGUCUCCAUAAAGCUGUGCAAAAGCCAACAAAGAAUGGGAAUAGUGGGAAAGCUUCCAGGUUUUUAGUAUUCUCAAAAAUGACAUCCUUCCGGAAAACUAAGCCUGCCACAGCAGAAAAUCAGGGAAGUAGCAGCUUCUUUGGCAGCAAGGCAAAGAUGGAAGAACUGGAUGCUGGGAAAGAGGAUGAAGACACUGAAAGUUUACAGUCUUUCAAAAGUUGCUCAUCUGGUUCAGCCUUCCACAGGAAGGAAAGCUACACCUCUGAGUACUCCGAUGACGAUGAUUUAUUCUAUGAGAGACCUGCAGGAUUAUUCAACAGAAUGAGCCUGAGGAAGGCUUCUGGCUCUGGUCGGAUACUGAUGGAAGGUGUAGAUACAAAUUCAACUUCUCCCACACUGGCUACUGUCAAAUAUGCAGAUCGACAAGUUUCAGGUUCAUCUGAAAACAAUGACAGUGAACCUGUGGAAUACUCUGGGAUUAGAAAAUCUUUCCCUGAAAAUGAAUACAAAAGAAACAAAAACCCUGAGGGUAAGAAGUUCAGGACAAGGUUGGCCUUGGCACACAAAUCCCUCUCAAGCUUAUUUGAAUCCAGAUCUCCAGAAAAGGAAAAUACUGAGCAAAGCUCAAGAGUAUCACUGAAAAAUGAAAAGGAGAAAGCCAAACUUCGCCAGAGCACCUGGAAAGCUUUUCUAAAAAACAAGGAGGCAGAUGGACUAAAAAGGCCUGUUUUAGCAAGUUUAUCACCAACACAGGAGAGUCUUAAUGCAAUUAGCAGCCACGUAAUGAGAACAAUGUCAGUAGAGCAACAGGAUAGUUCCAAUGGGCACACAUUUUUUAAAACAGAAACAGCUAAUGGCUCCUCAACAGACACCAACUAUUUUGACACCUCUGUGGAGCCUGUUGAUGUCUCUUCACCUGCAGGUAUAUGGAGAAAACGAAUACAGUCCCAUGACUUGGGCAUAAGAUACUCACAGAGUUCAGACUGUGAUGAACAACAGGAGGCUCUGAGCAACAGUUUAAAUACUUCUCUAGAGGAAUACUGGAUGAAAUCUCCAUUUAGCCCCACUGACUUGCAGCUGCCAUUUAGUCAGUCAAGUCCAUCAUGUCCCCAGCUCUCAAAUUCUGAUGGUAAAGACAUGCCUUGUAGGCCCAUGAGUCCUAAACCGCAGAGUCCACGAUCCACCUCUCAACACAAGAGCUUCCGCUAUCCUGGAAGAAUAUGUGCCACUUCGAUGAUCUCUCUUGGGAACAGCUCUGCAGUUGAAAGCAAUUUAGAGGCUCCUGAGAGACCAAAGACAUUGAAACCCAGAGGUAGUCUCUUACUUUCUGUACACUCAUUGGACAACGAAUACCAGAGGGAUGACAGUGGCAUAAGCAGUCAAUCCCAGAUCAGCUUAAACACAGCUUCUUCCAUUAGUGACAUGCUCCGACAUGAGGAGUCUAAACAGCAAUGUCAAACACCACCUGAAAAAAGGCCAAAUGAGAAGUGGGUUCCCCAUCGCAAAAGGAGGCCCCCCCAGGUUCCACCAUUCCCACACCCUAUCUCCACCCUUGAGAGCAAAGCCUGGAGGCUUUCCUUCCUUGCUCCAGAUGAAAAAGCCAAGGACAUUCCAGAGAGGAGGAGGAAGAGACCUAAACCCCUCUAUAAGUGCUUCAGCUUUGAUGAUGUUUGGAUGGAGAGGAACCAAAAAAGGAAGCUAGAGAAGGAGACACAGCCAGAGAGAGGGAUUCAAUUGCAACACCUCCCAGAGGACCAGUUAAAAGCUGGAAUAAGUCCAUCCAUCACGUCUGCUGUUGCCUUUGACAUCCUACCACUGAAACUGUAUCCAUUUUCCCAGAGCACUCCGACAGGCUUAGACUGCGUGGGCUGGAAACAGUGCAUCUCCUCUCCUGUGAUUGCUGAUGGGCCACUGGAUAAGACAGCUCUAACAGACGAUGUGGGAAGUGAGGAGGACCUGUAUGAGGACUUCCGGAGCUCCAACCACCGCUACGGCCACCCUGGGGGAGGCGGAGAGCAGCUUGCCAUCAAUGAGCUCAUCAGUGAUGGCAGUGUGGUGUAUGCAGAAGCCCUCUGGGACCACGUCACGAUGGAUGACCAAGAGCUGGGAUUCAAGGCCGGCGAUGUCAUUGAAGUAAUGGAUGCUGCCAACAAGGAGUGGUGGUGGGGGAGGAUUCUGGACAGCGAAGGCUGGUUUCCAGCCAGCUUUGUACGGCUGCGAGUAAACCAGGAUGAACCCAUGGAAGAUUAUCCCCUGAAGGUAGAGGGUGGCAAAGAGGACGACUCUAGCAGUGGCACCCGCCGCUUUGGGAUGGGGCAGACCACCAAAGACCAAAUGAGGACCAACGUCAUCAAUGAGAUCAUAAGCACAGAGAGAGACUACAUCAAGCAUCUGAAAGACAUUUGUGAGGGUUACAUUAAGCAGUGCCGCAAAAGAGCUGACAUGUUUACAGAAGAACAGCUGAAGACAAUCUUUGGGAAUAUUGAGGACAUCUACAGGUGCCAGAAGAAAUUUGUUAAAGCACUAGAGAAGAAAUUCAACAAAGACCACCCACAUUUGAGUGAGGUUGGCUCAUGCUUCUUGGAAUAUCAAACAGAGUUUCAGAUAUACUCUGAAUACUGCAACAACCACCCCAAUGCCUGCAUGGAGCUGUCCCGCCUCACCAAAGUUAACAAGUACGUCUACUUCUUUGAAGCCUGCCGCCUGCUGCAGAAGAUGAUUGACAUCUCUCUGGAUGGGUUUUUGCUGACUCCUGUGCAGAAAAUCUGCAAAUAUCCACUGCAACUUGCUGAACUGCUCAAAUACACCAACCCCCAACACAGGGAUUUUAAAGAUGUCGAAGCUGCCUUAAAUGCCAUGAAGAACGUUGCUCGGCUCAUCAAUGAGAGAAAGCGGCGACUGGAGAACAUUGACAAAAUUGCUCAGUGGCAGAGUUCAAUAGAAGACUGGGAGGGUGAAGAUGUCCUAGUCAGAAGCUCAGAACUCAUCUAUUCUGGGGAAUUAACCAAAAUCUCCCACCCUCAAGCCAAGAGCCAACAGAGGAUGUUCUUCCUCUUUGAUCACCAGCUUGUCUGCUGCAAGAAGGACCUUCUGCGCCGGGACAUCUUGUAUUAUAAGAGUCGGAUCAACAUGGAUGAUAUGGAAAUAGUGGAUGUAGAAGAUGGGAAAGACAAGGACUUCAAUCUCAGUGUGAAAAAUGCAUUUAAGUUGCACUGCCAAGACACUGAGGAAGUCCACUUAUUCUGUGCAAAAAAGCCUGAGCAGAAACAGCGCUGGCUGAAGGCAUUUGAGAAUGAAAGGAGACAGGUUCAGCUCGACCAGGAGACAGGUUUUUCAAUCACAGAGGUGCAGAAAAAGCAGGCAAUGCUGAAUGCCAGCAAGCAGCACCAUACUGGGAAGCCUAAGGCUGUCACCAGGCCAUACUAUGACUUUCUGAUGCGCCAGAAGCAUCCCACCCUGCCUACUACACUCCCUCAGCAGCAAGUCUUCAUGCUGGCAGAGCCCAAGCGCAAGCCCUCAAACUUCUGGCAGAACAUCAGCAGGCUGACGCCCUUCCGGAAAUAAGGGCAGCCCCAUGUUUGUGCCUGAACCCCUUCUGAGAAAGCACUUUAUCUGUCAGUCCUGGGAGGUGGAGCCCAGGUUCUUCCAAUCCUUUGUUUACAGAGGAUGGCACAUGUGCUCCUGCCUUCCCUAUUUAUUUUGCAGACCAACUGACCACACUGGCUCUGAGGUGAGAUGCUGUGUGUGUGCUUGCACACAUGUGCAUUUGUGCCAGUCCCAUCAAGCCAGCCUUGCACAGUGCCCAAGAGGCAAACUUCCAGGAAGAGAUCACAGGAUGAGCCUGACAUGUCUCAUCUGAAAAGAUUUUGCUUGUCAGCUGUACUUUGAUUCACUCCUUCCUGCUGUGAACACUACUGCUGUCUGGCAGCUGUCAGAGAGGGGGUCGCAGCUGAUACACCUGCCAGCUCUGUGUCCACUGACUUGCACAGAACAACAGUUCAGAGUCACUGACAUGAUACUUUUUUCCAUGGAGGGAUAAACCCUUCUGCUCUCUGCCCACCCCUACUCCCCACAUUUCUCAGAGACAUGAUCCUCUUAUACACAUCUAAUUCAGUUAGCCUUUGCAGGCACUCAAGACAACAGUGAGUAUUGCACUGUGACCUUUUCCUUUCCUUUAGUUCCAACACCACUGAUGAACUAUCUAGUACAUUAAACUGUGCCAAUCAACCUGCAGCAUGAGUAAAGUUCAAGAAUCGCUCUAGUGGGUUUGAGUUACAUGUUAGAGAAAAAUGUGCCUAAUUAAUACUAUACUCAGUUCCUUAGAUUCUCGUCUCUGCAUCAUUCUGCCGUAUUUCCUGGCCAAUGAAAAUGCUCAUUGUUUGUAAUGUGUUUAUUUAUGGUAAAAAUCAGAACUGUGUAUUUUGUAAGUCUGUAAUUGUUCUUGUCAGAUGUUAACUUGAUGCCUGUCUUUUUUUUUUUUUUUUUAAGUAAGGUCAAUAUUUGCAAACCUAGCUCCCAGAAGUCAGAGUCUACAGUUGAACUCUGAAAGACUAAACCCAUGACUGUUACGCAAACUUCCACAGGCCUUCAUUUCAAGGGGUGUUAUUGCAGGUUUUUGACACCUUUAAAAAAAUGGAAAGCCACUUUAAAAAGGCCUAAAUUUGGCAUUAGGAGUCUCACUAAGUACCCAAGUUUCAAACUGUGGCCAAAAAGAAUUAAUUUAAAACUUGGUUAGCAAAAGGAAAGAUUUGCCUUACCAUAGUGAGAGUUAGAAGCCAUACUGACUGAAUUCCCUAGCUUAAGAGACAUCCUGUGACACUGGAAGGAAGACACCUGCUCAUUCCAACAUGAUGCUAGUGUGAGUGAGCACUAACUGUCUGCAGAGCUCAGAAAUCCAGUGUUUGUUGAUGCUGUAGCUGACCAAAGUCUGGUCAUCCACAGAUAUCUGAAUUCAGUAGCAUGUACAAAGUCAUUCUUGCACUAUAUCUUAUCUUCCCCCCAGACCAGGGGCAACAUUUAAUUUCAUAAAGAAACUUGUAAAAGUGACUUUCA